AUGCCAUACCCCGUCGAUCUCCGCGACAAGUAUCGGCCCCUGCCGGAGCAUGACUCCCCGCGCCGGCUCGGGCGCCGCAGGGACGGCGGCUCCCGUGGGCGGCGGGGAGAAUCGCCGUCGCCGGACCGCCGUGACCGAUCGUGGUCUCGCUCGCGCUCGCGCUCGCGCUCUCGCAACCGUUCCCGGUCAAGAUCCUGGUCUCCCUCUCGGCGUCGGUCCCGGUCUCGGUCCCGGUCCCGGUCCCGGUGUCGCUCGCGUUCUUGGUCCCGCUCGCGCUCCCGGUCCCGGUCCAGGUCCUGGUCGCCACGCCGGUACAGACGUCGGGACUAUUCACGGUCGCCAUCGCGGUCGCCAUCGCCCGAGCGCGGCCGCCGGUAUCGGGGCCCGUCUCGGCGAUACCAUCGCUACCGGUCACCUACUCCGCCGCCACUGUUCAAGAGCUUGAAUUCGCGGAGCAUGCUCCUGAUCGGGCUGCCCGCCAUGUGGGAGGAGGAACAGGUUGCCUAUCAUUUGAACUCCCUGGGCGUGUCUGAUUGGGUGGACCUGAUCGUUGAGCGCACGCUUGUUGGUGUCCCUACCGGACGAGCUGUCUUGCACAUGCGCUCUGUCCACCAGGCCCAGGAUUUGUAUGAUGCCUGGGCCGAUUCGGGGGCCCUCGGCCCCGACUGGGUUUUCCGCCAAAUUGACGCCAUCUCGCCCGACUCCAAGCUGUACCACAUGUCCUCGGAGGACUUCCCCUCCGAACCGUGGCGCUGCUUCCGGUGUAGCACCCAAAACAUCCGCUGGGCCCAAGCUUGCGUCAACUGCCUUACAACUCUGCAGCAAAGCAACAUCGAGCGAGCCGCCUCCAACCAGGAGGCCAUGCUGGCUCUCGAUGACCGAGGCGCCCACGGCGGCGCGGAUGUCCUCAUCAACGACGGGUCUCGCGACGCCUGGCCCGAGCCCACCUCCUUUGUCCUGCUCAUGGGCCUGGAUGUUUUGUCAACCCAGGAACAGAUCUGCGAGUCCCUGCGCCCCUUCAACAUCCCAGUCAAGGCGGUUUUCCUGGCGCUCGACAUUACCACUCGGACAUCAGCUGGCUUUGCCGUUGUGGAGUUCCCCUCGGUUGAUCAUGCCUCGGGACUCAUUUCUCAGACACAUAGCCUGGAUAUCAGCGGGAAGUCUGUCAGCCUUUACUUUGCCAAUCCCCAAUUUGCCUUUUGCUCGGAAGGCGGCCAAUACUGGGACCCAUCGCUGGUGAUGGAGCCCUUCCGUCCACUGACCUCCAGUGUCAUGGCCGCCGACCCGGGGGCAGCGGCUAUCGCGGCCGAUCCGGCGCCCGGCUUCACCAAUACCCCAGCCCAGGGGUCGGUCUUGCCCGAGGACACGGCCUCGGCUGCGACCGACGGCCAGGCUGCCGGGGGUGCCCACGAUUUCGAGGCCGACUUUGCCCUCCUUUGCGCGGACUUGGAGUCCAAUCUGCCACUGCUGACUGAAGGGGCUGCCAGCCACGAACUUGCCCCUAGGCCCGACUUGGAGCCCGAACCCGAGCCCGAGCCCGAGCCGGAGUCCGAGCCGGAGCCCGAAGACUUGGAGGAGCUCGAACGCCUUUCCGAGCCUUGUGCCAGCUAUUCCGCCCUGCCACCGGACCCCUUCGACUUUAUCGAUGCCCAACGGGCCAUAUGUUGGCUUUGUCGGACAUCCUUUGUCCAGGAGCUGCCCGAGGAUCUGGACACCUUUGAGGCGCCCGAGGAGGUUUGGCCGAGGCUGGUGGAGCACGUCCGUCAUAGCCGCCUUCAUCGGGAACGUUUCCAGGAGUUCACCCAAAUCGCGCACGGCCUCGCCCUCAGCGGUGGGAUAGCCAUGCGCGUCGGCCCGCCAAAGGGAUCGUCAUGAUGCUGCUGUGCCACCCUCGAAAGGGGUUUCUAGAAAUGUGUCAAAUGUACACGUGUCUUGUGCAAUCCUCCUUCGCUCCGUAACGGGAGGACCCAGCAGGAGGCGACAGGCCAGCCCCAUGAGCAGAAGGGAGGUACACUUACAAGGGGAGGGGGAGGGAGGCGGGGGAAAGGGGGAGAGAGAGAGA